GGGGUUCCGUUAAUGUUUAAUCAGAUAGGAUCGUCCGAUGAGGCUCGGGUGGCGUGAUCUUCCAGCCCCGGGCGUCGAGCACCCACACCCUAGAAGGUUUCCGCCGAGGCGUCGAGGCUGCAGGCGUGCACUGCGGCGCAGGGUUCUGGGUCUGAGGCUGGAGGAGUGAGCCAGGCGUGAGACUGCGGGGCCGAGACGCGUCGCUGCAGUGUGCAGCCCCGGCGUCCCUUCGCAAAGGCGCUGCUCCCUCCAGGAUCCCAAGCUCCAGCGCACGCACUGUUCUUUCCACCGCCAGGCCCCAGGCGCGGCCUGCCAGGACCCAAAUCUCGCCUGUCGCCCUGAUGGGUACCGGUAACUCCAGGCAGCCGCGAUGGCCGCCGCUGCUGCUGCUGUUGGUGCUCCUGGGGCCUGCAGUCGCCCGCGCGCAGGAGGACGAGGACGGCGACUACGAGGAGCUGGUGCUCGCCUUCCCGUCGGAGGAGGACGGCCCGGCAGACGCGGCCCAGCACGUGGCCACUGCCACUUUCAACCGCUGCGCCAAGGAUGCCUGGAGGCUGCCGGGCACCUAUGUGGUGGUGCUGAAGGAGGAGACCCACCGCUCGCAGGCCGAGCACACCGCCCGCCGCCUGCAGGCCCAAGCUGCCCGCCGGGGCUACCUCACCAAGGUUCUGCAUCUCUUCCAUGACCUCUUCCCUGGCUUCCUGGUGAAAAUGAGCGGCGACUUGCUGGACCUGGCCCUGAGGUUGCCCUACGUGGACUACAUCGAGGAGGACUCCUCUGUCUUUGCCCAGAGCAUCCCGUGGAACCUGGAGCGGAUAAUCCCUGCACGCCACCAGGUGGAGGAGUUCCCUAUGCCCAGUGGAGGCAGCUUGGUGGAGGUGUAUCUGUUGGACACCAGCAUCCAGAGAGGCCACCGGGAAAUUGAGGGCAGGGUCACGGUCACCGACUUUGGGACUGUGCCUGAGGAGGACGGCACACGCUCUCACAGACAGGCAAGCAAGUGUGACAGCCACGGCACUCACCUGGCGGGGGUGGUCAGCGGCCGGGACGCGGGCGUGGCCAAGGGCACCAGCCUGCGCAGCCUGCGCGUGCUCAACUGCCAAGGGAAGGGCGCGGUCAGCGGCACCCUCGUUGGCCUGGAGUUUAUUCUGAAGAGCCAACAGGCCCAGCCCACUGGGCCGCUGGUGGUGCUGCUGCCCCUGGCGGGUGGGUAUAGCCGGGUCCUCAACACGGCCUGCCAGCGCCUGGCGGGGGCCGGGGGGGGGGUCCGCGAUGACCCCUGCUUCUACUCCCCAGCGUCGGCUCCAGAGGUCAUCACGGUUGGGGCCACCAAUUCUCAGGACCAGCCAGUGACCCUGGGAACCCUGGGGACCAACUUUGGCCGCUGCGUGGACCUCUUUGCCCCAGGGGAGGACAUCAUUGGGGCCUCCAGCGACUGCAGCACCUGCUUCGUGUCCCAGAGCGGGACGUCACAGGCUGCCGCCCACGUGGCUGGCAUUGCAGCCAUGAUGCUGAGCGCCCAGCCGCAGCUCACUCUGGCCGAGCUGAGGCAGAGACUGAUCCACUUCUCCGCCAAAGACGUCAUCAACGAGGCCUGGUUCCCUGAGGACCAGCGGGUACUGACCCCCAACCUGGUGGCCACACUGCCUCCCAGCGGCCCUGGAGCAGGUGGGCAGCUGCUCUGCAGGACUGUGUGGUCAGCAUGCUCGGGGCCUACGCGGACAGCCACCGCCAUGGCCAGCUGCGCCCCAGAUGAGGAGCUGCUGAGCUGCUCCAGUUUCUCCCGGAGUGGGAAGCGCUGGGGCGAGCGCAUCGAGGUCCGAGGGGGCAGGCGGGCCUGCCUGGCUCACAAUGCCUUUGGGGGUGAGGGCGUCUAUGCUGUGGCCAGGUGCUGCUUGCUGCCCCAGGCCAACUGCAGCACCCACACGACUCCAGCAGCCAGGGCCAGCACAGGGACCCACGCCCACUGCCACCAUCAGGACCAUGUCCUCACAGGCUGCAGCUCCCACUGGGAGGCCAAGGGCCCCAGCACCCAUGGGCAGCCUGCACCAAGACCACGAGGCCCGCCGGGUCACUGUGUGGGCCACCAAGAGGCCACUGUCCACGCAUCCUGCUGCCACGCGCCAGGUCUGGAGUGCAAAGUCAAGGAGCACGGGGCCCCAGGCCCAGCAGAGCAGGUCACCGUGGCCUGUGAGGAGGGCUGGACCCUGACUGGCUGCAGUGGCCUCCCGGGGGCCUCCCACAUCCUGGGGGCCUACGCUGUGGACAACACAUGUGUGGUGAGGAGCCAGGAUGGCGGUGCAGCAGGCAGGAGCAGCGAGGAGGCCAUGGUAGCUGUUGCCAUCUGCUGCCGGAGCCAGCCCAGGGCACAGGCCCCCCAGGAACUCCAGUGACAGCCCCAUUGCAGCAGUGCCUGGGCCGAGGGGGCAGAGCUCUACCUUCCUGGGGCUGCGGGUGUGGGCCCUGCGGGUUGGGGUGGCUCUUGCCUAAGAGCAUUGAUCUCGCACCCUGGGUCAUGCCUCCCUUACUGAGGGGCCUGGGUCGGAGGUUUGACCAUUAACAUGGGCCAGGCUGUGCUCGGCUCCUGCGGCAGCUCCCAGUGUGCCAACACUGGGCAGAGUUCCCUAUUGCCAAGAUCCUGCCGGGGCUGGGCAUGCAGUCCUUCAGCAAGGAGGCAGAUUGUCCCCAUGGGCUGGUGACAGAGAACUGAGGGAAGCGGGAAGGGGCCAAGUGUGAGCCAGAUGGGACGAGGUUGGUGCUAAUGGCCUCUCACCUCCUGUUCACUCUGAAUUCCCUGCGGGCUCUCCAGUUGGUGAUAGGUUUAACACACUCUGGGGCAGGGGCAGG